AAAGGGGCAGCCGCUGCUACCAGUUUGACAAUGGCAUUCAUCCUCUUGACCUAGAAAAGUUUAGCCAGCCAGAGGGCUGUUUAGGGAUCAUAAAUCCUGGAUGGUAGUUUCAUUGUCAUUGAAAUGACAUGAGAUAAUGCUAUAUUUAAGGCUGUCGAGUGGGCAGAUUACCCUUGGAAACAUUCUUGUGGGGACAGUCAUUCUUGAUGCCACCAAGCAGGAAGGAAGGUAUCCCUCCUUUGUCCUUUAUCUGUUUUUAGGACUGGCACUUUCACCAAUGUGAUGAGGCUUUUCUGUAUGUAGGGUGGACAUUUACCACACAAGUGUUUAGAGGAUUGGUAAAAGAAGGUUGGAAAUAUUCCUCUGAAACUCCCAGAAUGGAAGCCCGAACCUUGUUCCACCAUAGGGAGGAGGAGCAAAAGGAAGAGAGGCACCGAGAUUUGCAAAUGACAUCUACCACAAGGAAGACCAAAUUCAGGACCAGUGAGGAAGAAGAGGGCUUCACUCUUUCUGAUCUGUCCAUUGCGUCUGCUCUUGCUCUGACAUCAGAAGUAUCAUGGGAAUCCAAGAUAAGGCAGGAGGCCGCCAUUUUGGAGAUGGAGAAGAGAGGCCAGAAGAGGGUUCGGUUUGGGAAUGAGAUGGAAAAGCUGGAGAAAGAUGUCAUUCGACACUGCCGGUUCUUGCGGGUGAGGGCUGACAAGAAGGCUCUUCGGAGGAAGGCGGAAGCAAAGGCACAGCGUGAAAAGGAGGUCAUGGAGCUGCUGUCCUGCCGAGCACCCAUGUUCUGGAUCCCUCUCCGAGCUCAUGCUGUCUGGGAACGAAUGAGCGUCAAACUGGAGUGUACAGUUCUGGCCUCUCCUCUUCCAGAAGUCACCUGGUAUAAAAAUGGAAUCAGGAUUGACCCCCGACUAGCUCCUGCAGGGAAAUACAGGAUGAAGAGUGAGUUUGGAAUGCUUACACUGGACAUCAGCAGAUGCUCCUUGGACGAUUCUGCUGAAUACAGUGUGGUUGUGAAAAAUCCCUACGGUGAGGCCUACUCCUUUGCAACAGUACUCGUCAGGAAAUAUUAUGGGAAGGAAUCAGGAUUUGACUCAGAGAUAUAUAAAAGGACACUAAUGCGCCAAGAUGCUGACUUUGCCAGCACUUUGAAACCUGUCUUCACCAGAGAGAAGGAACCCUUCACACUCUUCUGUUCUUUCACUUUUGACUUGCAGGAGCAUCAACGAGACAUCCAUUGGUUCAGAGAUGGUGAGUUGCUGAAAGAUUCUGACCGCCGACAAAUAAAAUGUGGAGAUCAGGAUGCCUCUCUAACAGUAUCUUGUGCUUACAAAGAAGACGAGGGAUUUUACAGCAUCCGCAUCCCAACACAAGAUGGGUACAGUGAGCAAAGAGCUUAUGUAUUUGUCCGGGAUGCUGCAGCAGCUACAGCUGGCGCUCCUGGAUCACCACUCAACGUACAGUGCCACGAUGUGAAUAGAAACAGUCUCAUUCUUUCCUGGAUAACCCCCAGCGAUAAUGGCGGAAGCCCAGUCCUUGGCUAUUAUAUUGAGAGACGUGAGAUGGGCACAGACGAAUGGGUGCCCUGCAAUGACAAGCUUGUGAAAAUUUGCCGAUCCCCCGUUGUGGGCCUCACCGAAGGAAAGACUUACCAGUUUCGAGUGAAGGCCGUCAACCGCGCAGGCAUCAGCAACCCUUCAAAGGCCAGUGACGCAGUGACUAUGAUAGACCCCAACGAGAGCAAAAGAUUGAUGAACAUCCCUUACGAUGACGGGAUGAGAACAAUUACAGUUUCCAAAGAUGAACUGGAACCUGAAGUCAAAAUCCCUUUGCCACCCACCAAUGUCCAUGCCAGUGAGGUCAGGGAAGAUUAUGUCGUCCUCUCUUGGGAUGAGCCAGACCCUAGAGGCAAGGAGCCCCUGAGUUACUAUGUAGAAAAGUCAAUAGCAGGCACUGGCAGCUGGCAGAUGGCCAACUUGGACAUCCCAGUGAAUUCCACCACGUUUGCUCUCUUUGAUCUCGACAAAAGGAAGUCAUACUGUUUCCGAGUGCGGUCUGUGAACAAGUAUGGCGUGAGUGAGCCUUCCGUGCCCAGCGACCACAUCUCCUUGGGGGAAAAAAUAGCUCCUCUACCACCUCCAUCUCAGGUUCUGACCUUCCGAGACACCAACACAUCUGUUGUCGUUAAGUGGAGCAAGCCAAAGGAAGGCCAGGAGCAACCUCUUGGCUAUUACCUCUAUUGCCAGGAGGUCGGGACAGAGGAGUGGGAAACUGUAAAUAACAAACCCCUCCAGUGUCAUGAGUUCACUGUUCCAGGGCUCAAAACUGGCAAGGAGUAUGUCUUCUGUGUGAAAGCUGUCAACGAAGCAGGUGUGGGGGACAGCUCUCCAGAAUCUGAUGCCAUCGUGGUCAGGCAGGCCAUUGCCUGCCCGUCACCCCCACGUGGUUUUGCCCUGCUGAACUGUGGGAAGGACAACAUGACCAUCGGCUGGAAGCCUCCAAAACGCAAAGGAGGCACAACAGUUCUGGGCUACUUUCUGGACCAGCAUGAUGUCUCGGAGAUUGACUGGCAUGAGGUCAACAUUAAGCCUAUUGCUCAGCGGGUUUACACGGUCACCAACCUGAACCAGGGGCUUUUCUAUGAGUUCCGUGGUUAUGCUAUGAAUGUGGUUGGGGUUGGGAAGGUUUCAGAGCCCAGUGACCUUUUCAAAUGUGAGGAGUGGACAAUGCCCGAGCCAGGCCCUCCCUAUGACGUGAGGUGUACUGAAGUGAGGGACACAACUCUGAUGCUUCACUGGGAGCCUCCUUUGUAUACUGGAGCAGGCCCUGUCACUGGCUACUUUGUGGAGAUAUGUGAGGAAGGAUCUGACACAUGGGAGCAACUGAAUAAGCAACCAAUAUCCAACACCCAUAUGAAGCUAUCUGAUCUGGAGACUGGAAAGUGCUUCCUUUUCCGAGUGCGGGCACAGAACAAGGCUGGGAUUGGCCCACCAUCUGUCCCCUCAGAUCCUGUGGUUGUGAAAACCAAACCAGGCACCAAAGAAAUUGAAGUCGGGGUAGACGAGGAAGGAUUCAUCUAUCUGGCCUUUGAAGCUCCUGAAGUAGUUGAUACCUCAGAGUUUAUCUGGUCCAAGGAUUAUGAAGGACCUCCGAAACCCGACAGGGUUGAAAUUGUUGACAAGGAUGAUAAAUCUAAGCUCAUCCUGAAGUAUGGUACUGAAAGAGAUCUGGGAACCUACUCAGUAGAAGUAACUGACACUGAUGAAGACAUUUCUGCUAGUCAUGUUUUGACUGAAGAAGAACUAGACAAGCUGCGGAAGAUCAGCCAUGAGAUCCGGAAUCCCUUGAUCGAGCUGAUAUCCGGCUGGAACAUCGAGGUUCUGGAGAAAGGGGAAGUGCGGCUCUGGCUGGAGGUUGAGAAGCUCUCCCCGGAGGCAGAGUUGGACUUGAUCUUCAAUGGGAAGAAGCUUUUGAGCACUCCAGACCACAAGAUCAAUUUUGACCGAGCAAAGGGCCUUGUGGAACUGAUCAUCCAGGACUUUUGUGAAGAUGACAAAGGGACAUACACUGCUCAGUUGAAGGAUGGCAAAGCUGCAAACCAGUUUACGCUGGCUCUGGUUGGGGAUGAUUUUGAUAAGCUUAAAGCAGAGGCUGAUGCCAAGAAGAGAGAAUGGAAGAGAAAGCAUGGUCCACAUUUUAUUGAACAACUGCAAUGGAAGGUCAAUGAGGAAUGUGAAGUGCUGCUGACUUGCAAGGCAGCAAACAUGAAGAAGGAGACCACCUUCAAGUGGUUCAUGGAUAACAAAGCCAACUCAGAUGGCCAAUAUGAGCCAAAGACAGGCAACGGGAUUCUGCGGAUUAAGAAGAUUACCAAAGCAGACAAGGGAAUAUACAAAGCUGUAGUUUCUGAUGAUCGCGGACAAGAUACCACUGAACUUGACCUUACAAAGGAAGCAUUUGAUGAAAUCCUGAAAGAACUCGCCAGGAUCAGCGUUCUUUCUGCAUCACCACUGAAAGUUCAACCAACUGCAGAAGGCAUCAAGAUCUACAGUGAAGUGAAGUACUAUACUGAUGCCAUGAAAGCUACGUGGUAUCACAACGAUAAGCGUCUGGAUAGUGGAGACCGGAUGAAAACAGGAACAACUAUGGAACAGAUCUGGGUACACAUCCUGGACCCCAAAGAGUCUGACAAAGGAAAAUAUACCCUGGAGUUGUUUGAUGGACUGGAGCCACAUAAACUAUCAACAGACCUCUCUGGGAAAGCUUUUGACGACGCAUUGGCUGAACAUAAAAGGCUCAAGCAAGCAGCUGUUGUGGAAGAGCACCGAGCCAAAGUUGUUCGGGGCCUUCCAGAUGUGGCCACCAUCAUGGAGUCUAAGACUCUCUGCUUGACGUGCAUCAUAUCCGGAGACCCUUACCCAGAAAUCACGUGGUAUAAGAAUGAGAAGGUGAUCACCUUCAAAGAUCGAUACAAGAUGGAAGUGAAAGGCACUAUUAUCACUAUCACCAUAGAGAAUGUCAGCAGUGAGGACACGGGGAAGUUCAGCAUCCACGUCAAGAACAAGUGGGGCUCUGAAACGGGCCGAGUGACAGUCAGUGUGUACAAACGAGGGGAAGAGCCGGCGGAACUCAAAGACGAACCACCCUUGAUUUGAGCCAGGAGAAGACCUUAUGGUGCAGAAUUACACCCAUCCAAAUCCAUCAAAAUUAGUGGGUUUAGAAGGGUAUAACUCUGCUGGAGAUUACAUGGUAAGCUUGAGAACCUUGUUUCAAACACAUAAGAUAACCAAACUGGACUGCAUAAAGUAAUCGUUCUAAAAAUGCUGCCUUCCUGAUCAGAGCAUUUCUCUACUUUCCUUUCUCUCCCAAAUGAUCUCUCAACGUCAGUAACAUUCUUCCAAAGCAGUUUUCUUGAACUCAGCUUAUUUCAAAUAUUGAGCACAGGUGAGCAACAAUUCCCCAGCCCCAUAUUUUGUCUGCUGUUGAGUCAAUUAAUAAUGUACACUUUGCGCAUGAAGGAGACAAUUGGUGUAGUAGGUCUGUUUUCAUAUAGUGAAGUCACCCUGUGUGGGAUGAGGGAGCUCUCCGGGGUGUGGGGCUGGCUCAGGACAGUGCCGAUCAAGUGGGCAGAGUGCAAGAGUAUCCUCUGCAACCCACUCAGAGCACUAAUGCUGCAGAGGCUGAGCAAACCACAAGCCACUUCUUAAGAAAGGUUCAAAUUUCUCAAGAGCAACUCAGAUAAACAAGAUAUCUUGGCCCUACCGGCAAGGGUGCAUUGAUUUAAUUAGGAAAGGCCAAUUUACAAUAAUUGAUUCAGGUUCCUACUUUUGAAAUAUAUUUUCUGAACAAGCAGACAUAUGGCAAGUUGCUGUAACUAUUAAGCCUUAUUGGCUUACAAUUAUAUAAAACCCUUAUACAAUCUCGAAGCAUCAUCUUCAAACAUCUAUUCACAAAGUUCACAAGCCAAUUCUGUUUGGUUUUCCUCUCUGUACACCUGCUAACUAUGCAAGGUCACCAGUGUGGUGCAGUAGCUAGAGCAUCCCCAAAGCGGUACCCAUAGGGGCCAUUGCGUCUACCAAUGUGUUUCCUAGAGACCACUUUCUUCUUCCCCAAAGUGAAGAGCCAGUCCUGGGCUUUCCUCCACCUUGCUGGAGCAUGGUAAACCUCCAAUGAGCUUGGGAGGCACCAUGGCUCCAUAGUACAGCAUCUGCUUUGCAUGCAGAAGGCCCCAAGUUAAAUCCAAGGCAUCUCCAGGUAAAAGGAUCAAAUACAAGGUGAUGUGAAAGACCUUUGAUACUCUGGAAAGUUGCUACUGAACAUGCUGUACUAAGGGCCUGAUUCAGUAGAUAGCAGCUUCAUGUUAUCAUCACCUUUAUAUGCAGAAGGCACCCAUUUGGAAACAGCUGUCCACAUCAGAGCAGGAUUUUUGGCUUAGAAUCUCCUAUAGAAACUUCCAGCGUAUUAUGAUUGAACCCCACCCCAAUGGCAGCCAUGUUGUUUCUGGCACUCACUACCUGUCCUCAGAAUUCCAACAGUGCCCAUAGGUUCAGCAAGUUUGGAAACCAUUGAGUUAAAGUGGUGGAUGAGGCCUAGGGAGAUCCAGAUUCAAAUUGCCCAUCUGCUUCAAUGGCUUUAUUCCAGAGGUUGGAGCUUGAAGCCCUAACCAAGCUCAGCUCAGAAAAAAAGCCUACAUAUACUAGAUUUCCUUUAUUUGCUUUUUCCCUGUGUUACUGAUCAAGAAUCUGUAUUUUGCUGUUCGUAGUUCAAGCUGUACCUUCAGGAUGUGUGCUAAAUAAAUACAUACAUUUGAUGGGAA